CGGGGCUGGAGCGACGGCGGCCGCGGCGGCGGCGACGGGGGAGGGAGGGCCCCACGGACAGACGGACGCACGAACGGACAGAGCGAAGAAGGGAAGGAGAGACUUGGCUCGCGAGGAGGAGCGGUGCGAGCGGCGGCCGCUGGGCGCUUCCCCGCGCUGCUGGGUGCUCUGCGCCUCCGCGGCCCCCGGCUCCCGGCGGCGGCUUCCUAGCGCGCGCGGGGCGCGGGGUGCGGGGCCCGGGGCUUGCUUCGCUGAAGGGGUUGCUGAGCUAACUUCCAAGCUGGUGUGCGGGGUGGCGGAGCAGUGGCCGCCCAGGAGCUGGAGUCACCAUGGCGGCCGGAGUCGCAGCCUGGCUGCCCUUCGCGCGGGCUGCGGCCAUCGGGUGGAUGCCGGUGGCCAACUGCCCCAUGCCCCUCGCCCCGGCCGACAAGAACAAGCGGCAGGAUGAACUGAUCGUCCUCAACGUGAGCGGGCGGAGGUUCCAGACGUGGCGGACCACGCUGGAGCGCUACCCGGACACACUGCUGGGCAGCACGGAGAAGGAGUUCUUCUUCAACGAGGACACCAAGGAGUACUUCUUCGACCGGGACCCGGAAGUGUUCCGCUGCGUGCUCAACUUCUACCGCACCGGCAAACUGCACUACCCGCGCUACGAGUGCAUCUCCGCCUACGACGACGAGCUGGCUUUCUACGGCAUUCUGCCCGAGAUCAUCGGCGACUGCUGCUACGAGGAGUACAAGGACCGCAAGAGGGAGAACGCCGAGCGGCUCAUGGACGACAACGACUCGGAGAACAACCAGGAGUCCAUGCCCUCGCUCAGCUUCCGCCAGACCAUGUGGCGGGCCUUCGAGAACCCGCACACCAGCACGCUGGCCUUGGUCUUCUACUACGUGACUGGCUUCUUCAUCGCCGUCUCGGUCAUCACCAACGUGGUGGAGACCGUGCCGUGCGGCACCGCGCCCGGGAGCAAGGAGCUGCCGUGUGGCGAGCGCUACUCCGUGGCCUUCUUCUGCCUGGACACAGCGUGCGUCAUGAUCUUCACGGUGGAGUACCUGCUCCGGCUUUUCGCGGCGCCCAGCCGCUACCGCUUCAUCCGCAGCGUGAUGAGUAUCAUCGACGUCGUGGCCAUCAUGCCCUAUUACAUCGGCCUGGUCAUGACCAACAACGAGGACGUGUCGGGCGCCUUCGUCACGCUCCGGGUCUUCCGCGUCUUCAGGAUCUUCAAGUUCUCGCGGCACUCCCAGGGCCUGCGGAUCCUGGGCUACACCCUGAAGAGCUGUGCCUCGGAGCUCGGCUUCCUCCUCUUCUCCCUCACCAUGGCCAUCAUCAUCUUUGCCACUGUGAUGUUUUACGCCGAGAAGGGCUCCUCCGCCAGCAAGUUCACAAGCAUCCCCGCCUCCUUUUGGUACACCAUCGUCACCAUGACCACGCUGGGAUAUGGAGACAUGGUGCCCAAGACGAUCGCAGGAAAGAUCUUCGGUUCCAUCUGCUCACUGAGUGGUGUCCUCGUCAUUGCCCUGCCGGUCCCUGUGAUCGUUUCCAACUUCAGCCGGAUUUACCACCAGAAUCAGAGAGCAGAUAAACGCAGGGCACAGAAGAAGGCCCGCCUUGCCAGGAUCCGUGUGGCCAAAACUGGCAGCUCCAACGCCUACCUGCACAGCAAGCGUAAUGGACUUCUCAACGAAGCGCUGGAGCUGAUGGGCACCCCAGAAGAGGAGCACAUGGGCAAGACAACCUCACUCAUCGAGAGCCAGCACCAUCACCUGCUGCACUGCCUGGAAAAAACCACUGGGUUGUCCUAUCUUGUGGAUGAUCCCCUGUUAUCUGUACGAACCUCCACCAUCAAGAACCACGAGUUCAUAGAUGAGCAGAUGUUUGAGCAGAACUGCAUGGAGAGUUCAAUGCAGAACUACCCGUCCACACGGAGUCCUUCGUUAUCCAGCCACCCAGGCCUCACGACCACCUGCUGCUCCCGUCGUAGUAAGAAAACCACACACCUGCCCAAUUCCAACUUGCCGGCCACCCGCCUGCGCAGCAUGCAAGAGCUCAGCACGAUCCACAUCCAGGGCAGUGAGCAGCCCUCCCUCACUACCAGUCGUUCCAGCCUUAAUUUGAAAGCAGAUGACGGACUGAGACCAAACUGCAAAACAUCCCAGAUCACCACAGCCAUCAUCAGCAUCCCCACUCCCCCAGCACUAACCCCAGAAGGUGAAAGUCGGCCACCCCCUGCCAGCCCGGGCCCCAACACGAACAUUCCUUCCAUAGCCAGCAAUGUUGUCAAGGUCUCUGCCUUGUAAAACCACUGGACAGAGGGCCAGUGCAGGUAGUGGGAGUGAAGGGGGCUGGCAUGUUGGUGGGUGGCCACUGGGACCACUCCCUCCCCCUUCCCCACUAUUCCUGCCCACACCGUUGCACCCCUAGCGCUGAAACUUGUGCCUGGAAGAGAAGGAGGCAGCGAAGGGGCACGUGAGGUUCACUGCUGCUGGCGUGGACGCAGCCCUGAGCCACUGCAUCUCGCUGGGGCCAGAGGAAGGGAGAACGGGUGGGGGUAGGGGUGGGAUGUGGGGGUACAGGCUGGGAGCCAGGACAGGGCCCGGAGGGGGGGAGCCUCAGACCAAAUAACAGAUGAUUCUGGAGACCCCAGUGAGGAAAAUACACGACCAAGAGCAGCACAGAGGCCGAGUUGUCACAUGCAAAACAGGAAGAAAAUAUAACACUGUGUAUUUAAGCACCUUUUUCAAGGCUCUUAAUGGAUAAUAUUUAUUCAUGGGAAAAGGUGGAAAACAAAAACACCAACGGAGUUUUGUGAAAUGUUUUUCUCCAUGGACCCAAUACCUUUGAACCAAAACAAUGCAUUUUGUGAGGGUUAUUGUUUUUGUUUUUUUCUCUCUCUCCUUUUAUAGCAAAAGCUUUUAGGCUAAGAGGUCAGUUACUGCUGAGUUCUCUCUUCGUUCCCCCAGGUAGAUGAGGUCAAAUGAGUCUGGGCCCCACUGCCCAGCUGACCUGCACAGAGCUGCCAAGUGGCCACACAGCAACACUCACCCUCUGUCUGUCCCCGUCUGCUUUGUCUCUGUGCCUCUCUGCUUCCCACCCUGGGUGUUUUUCUCUGUGUCUAGCCAUCUGUCUCGACGUGGACCCCGGUGAUCCUGAGACAUGUUAAAGAAGGCCUUCUCCACUGCCAAGAACCUACAGACUCAUGCCCGGGAGUUCUAUUUAUGCGAACGCAGUGGUGGAAGAGAACAGAACAGAGCAAAAAUGGGCAUUUAGGGAUGAGGGACAUCUAUCUUAAAGAGCAGAGCGCUUCCCUUGUGGUUGGAACCACUGGUGUUUGAAGUUUGCAUUUCUGGGGAAGAAAGGGAAUGACCAGAUUUAUCACAUUGGGAUCUUGAAAAAGGAAACAGCCAGCACUGGAGAGGCACAGGAAAUUUCGGCGUGUGCCAGUGGAGAGAGAACAGAAGAACCCAGGGCUCCCAGCGGCAGCCGGCCCCUGUGGCACCUUGCUUUGCACGCUUCUUUCAGGACCCACCAUAAAGCCCAUCCAGAGCUCUGCCAAAAGGCUUCAUGAGCAGUUAACCGCCGAGAAGGCAGUGAUAUGGGGACCAAGCUCUGACUUAUCUCAUACCUGAGGCAACUCCCACAGAGGCUGCAGAAAGUUAAGCCUGUGUGCCUCAUGAAGGAUUCUCCAGAGUGAAAGCAAGUAAGAGAACAUAGAUGAUACUUACCAGGUCUGAAUGAUGCCUUGGGGUCUAAAGAGUCUUUAGGCCAGCUGUCCCGGAAGAUAACUGAAAUGGGGGAGAAGCCUGAUCACCUCUCUGGAAGUGAGGAAGUAAUUAUUUCCAGAGAACCCAGACACAUUUCUGUGCAAGUGGUUGGUAGCCAUGUGGGGCUAGGAACACUAUUUCUGGAAUCCAGUCAGUUUUCACUGCUUUUAGUAGAGCAGGUGGGCCUUGGGGUUAGUGACAAAGCCCUUACCACCCUUCCCAAACCCUAGCUAGCCUAUUACAGUCUCUCUAGCCUGGAUUCUGAGAUACAGGAGUUCCUCAAGAACUCUUUAUCCAUUCAGCAACUUAGUGAUUAGCUGUUUAAUCAUGGGCCAAGAAUUUUUCUGCUCACCAGAGGCAUCCAGAUGAGUUUCACUAGCCCGGAACCUAAAAAUUACCUUCACUGGCUUCCCUAUGACCCCAGCUCUAUUGACCCUGCAGAAGGAGAAAGUCAAAGGGCUGUGAGGUGGCACCUAGCCAGAAGGUGAGCAGAAGGGCAGAGGAGAGGGAGCCUUCUACUUCACACUGUCCUCACUGGUCACUGACUGGGUCCUUUCUCUGGGUCUGACCUCAAGGAUUUCCCCCUAACCUGAGAAUGGGGGUGGUUCUGGCCCUCUGAGCUCAUGGCAGAAGUAGGCAGAAAGGCUUUACAACUACAGAGGAAUUCGUGUGUAUACACAAACACACAACAACCUAAACACGCUCGGGAAUAAGUUCUUCAACCCAUUCGUGUCAUACAUAUGUCUCAUUAGGGAAGGCAGAGGACUGGGCUGGACUCUAUUUAAAUGGAAAGCCAAGGACUAGAAAAGGAACUUUUCUCUUGAAAGAAUGGAUAAUGGAGCAAAGUUAGGAAGGUCUAAAGUUUCUAAGUAUGUAUCAUGAGAACUGAAUGGGGUAAAGGAUAAAGAGGUAAAUAGGAGCAUGGUUACAUAUACAUACAAAUGAACUGUGUUUAAGAACAGAUCAUCACAGGGUUAGAAUAAUGACUGCUCCAACCUGGGACCUGUUUGGUAGUGUACUGAGAGAGCGUUUAGUGGUUCCCAUAAAAAUCAAUGAAGAAAUUUUAAAAAUCAUGUCCCAAAUAAUUUCCUGUUGUUUUUUGACCCUAAUGAACUAAAUGUUUUGUAUUCCUUAGACUUCAUUUUCAAAUCUCACAUUAUACCACGUCCUAAACGACCACUGCGGCUUCCCUGGUGGCUCAGACGGUAAGGCAUCUGCCUGCAAUGUGGGAGACCCGGGUUCAAUCCCUGGGUCAGGAAGAUCCCCUGGAGAAGGAAACGGCAACCCACUCCAGUACUCUUGUCUGGAAAAUUCCAUGGACGGAGGAGCCUGGUAGGCUACAGUCCAUGGGGUCACAAAGAUGUGGACACGACUGAGCAACUUCACUUCACAGCUGAUAAAAAGCUUGGGUUGUCUCGGUGGGGUGGAUUUGCUCCUGGAAGGAUUUCACCUGGAUUUCAAAUGACCAUUAGACUAACCCUUUCAGCUCCAUCCUUCAGUGUAGCCUUAGCCAAAGAUGAGAAAUCCACUUCACUCAAGAAAAUGGCUUGUCUACACAACGGAAUACAGCCAGAAGGGCCAAUACCGCUAAAGGGUAUUUGUAAGUAAACACAAAGGCCAAACGUGCCACAUCACUUUAACGUCUAACUCAAUGGCCAGUGACAGAAGAAAUGGGAUAUUAUCAGGGUUUCCAGGGGACAGUGGCUUUCUGGGGAAAUGCCUUGAGCUUUCAUAGUUCUUUCAUGAACCACUUCAGCAAAAUAGAAGAUUCACAAAACUACCCAUUCAAUCCUACUCAACAUUAGGGAGGGUUAAAAACAAACCAAUAGGCUACAUUCAAAUGAAUGGAAACUUAGAAAACACGGAAUUAAGAGUAUAUCAAACUAGAAGAGAUUAGAGACUAUCUAUCUAAGUCAUUUUACAGUAUAGGCUGAUGCCCAGACAAAUUAAGUGACCUGCUCAAGGUCAUGAGGUCAUUUAAUGACAGGGCUGGGAUCAGAACCCAAAUCCCUUGAAUACUAGUCUAAUGCUUUUUCCAUUACACACAUUGCCUCUCAGCAACAGUGCUCAGAGAAGACUCAUCAGAGAUUACUUGCUAUAACUAGAGACAUAGUCAUGUGCAAUGCCAGUUAUUACUUGGACACAACCCCUUUGAAACCACCUGACUGUACCAGUAUAAACCAUACCUUGGAAACCACCAUCCACUAGAUAGAAUCAGCUAAGGACUAUCAAUUCUGUCAAAAGCAGGUGAGUAACUGUACAGUCAGAUUUUUUCAGUCCAAUGCUGUCUUUCCAAAGCCCUUAAUGAAGAGAGGGCUAGGACGUUUUAAAGCAUACUUUAUGUAGUCUUUAAUCCUUUCCACAACCUCUGGUGGUAGUACGUCAAGAACUAAAUCUUUAAUUCACAGAGGGGAAAACAGAAAGAAGCUGAGGGACAUUCAAAUUCACAAGGCAAGUUAGUGGCAGAACUAAGACUGCAAUCCAGAACUUAGACAUCUUGCCCUGGGAUUUUCCCCUUGACAUUAUGUUGUAUUACUCUGAGGCUUGCUUAUAUGUUUAAUACUUGGAUUUUCAGAACCAUCCUGAGCCAGGUCCUCCAGAAGCACACACUGCACUAUUCCUCCUUCAUCCCCUCUUUUCAUUACCAGUGUCAAGCUCAAGACUAAUUGCAUAGAAUCCUGUUCAAAAGAAUAGAUAUUCUCAGUGAUAGCUGAACAUGUGAGUCUACAAUCAUACAGGAGGAUAAAAAGUCAGCAAGUAGAAAAGUGAAAGAAAGAAAAAUAAAAAAUUUGAACAGAAAUUAAAAUGGCCAGUUAAUGCUGAUUCACAAUUAACAAGCAUCAAUUUAUGGAUAUGCUUGAGGACUUGACCCAAUUUUCAAACAAUGAUUCCUGCAGUUCAGGAUCAUGUCACUUUUUAGAAUGGAUCUAAACCUAGAUGUUUAGUCCAUUAAUGAAUUCUAGUGAUCCAGGCUCCCUCACUUCAAUUACCAGAGAACUACAAGGCAUAAACAUUGCCUGUUAAUCUAAGGCAAUAUUAGUUUCCCUUCUCAUCUAGUUGGCAUGGUAACCAUAACAGGAACCCAAAAGACUACUUUCCCUUUCUGAUUCCCUUAUGAAAUCUUUGCAAAGCUUUAAAAUGAGUGAAGGAAAAGUGUUACGACCUGUCACCCUUGGAGCCCAAACAGCAUCAUGAUGAGCAUCAUUAGAACUAAGAGAAAGUGGAUCAGAAAAAGAAACAGCUUUAAAGGGGUUCCUUUUGAGUCUUGUUUUCAAUUCAGAAUGUUCUAUGUUUUUCUCAUCAAGUGUGGGAAUGAAUUUCUCUUAGCAGGUUUCUCAGCUACACUGGAUGAUGUCACACUAACCAGUGUAGGGCACUGACCCAAGUCCUGGGGGGCUCCUUGGACCAAUAGACUAUUUUACAAACCUGGGUGGUGGGAGGGAUGGUAUAUUUUUGAUAAUCAGACAUUCCAAUGUAAUGUUUUCCUUAGAGGUCACCCUCCCCCAUUAAUGUUAUCGUGAAAAUCAUGUGUGUUCUUUUCUAUUUUCAUAUAAUAAAUGGGCUUUGCUUACCAACAUCACAAUGGCAAAGAAGAAAUACUGUACAAAACUGCAGAAAGAUAAACAUGUGAAAUCUUUCUAUGGAAACAAACAAAAAAACCAACUCUUGAGUUUCCUGUUGUCUUCUUUUGAAACUGUAGUGCAUAUGUUAAAAUGUAUGUCAUUUACAGUAUUGAGUCAUGCGCCACUGCUGUACCCGAUGUAUCCAAUCUGGAUUAAACAAUGUGCCACAAAUUGA